GCCUUGCUGUCUUCGAAGGUUUUAGACCAUUUAGACGUCUUAGGCUUCAACCAACUCGCACUCGUCAUCCCUUCCAGGUUCGUUCCAGGUCGACGUAUUUAGGGAGAUCGGCACAUCCUACGCUGAUUCCGCGCUCUAGGGUUUUGACGGCGUGCUGUGAUCAGUCGGCCAUGGAUGUAGACUUGCAGACUACCGUCGACGGCUCUGAUCAGGGCGGCAUGGGAAUAAAGAUCAAGACGCUCGAUAACCGGACUUACGAAGUCGACGUUGAUCGUGCGCUGCUCGUGAGCGCUUUGAAGGAGAAGAUUUCCGGGCAGGUACAGGUGCCAGCUGGCAGCCAGCGAUUGGUCUUCCGAGGGAAGGUCCUGAAAGACGAUCAGACCCUCACUUCCUACGGCAUCAGCGCGGGCCACGUGGUGCACCUCGUCUCGCGCCUUACCGGCAGCUCCCCGCCACCUUCCGCGCAUGGCGCACGCGCGGGGGCGGAGGGCGAGGGGACUCGCGGAAGGUCAAGGCCGUUGCACGGGGGACAGGGGAGGGGCGGCGCAGGCGGAGAGAGAGGCAGCGGCGGCGGGAUUGCGGGGAUACGGAUCGUUCCGGGGGGAGGGGGAGGGUUGGGGGGAGGGAUGGGGGGAGGGAUGGGCCACGUGCAGAUAGGCACCUUACCUGCCUCCACGACUGUUCAUCUGGGCUCGUUCAACCUCCAAUCGGACGGCUCUCAGGGCCUCCCUGACCUCAACCAUAUCGUGUCCAAUGUGCUUUCCUCUAUUGGCCUUGGAGCCAUGGGCCUGGGGGGCAUGGGGGGAGGCAUGGGGGGAGGCAUGGGGGAAGGGGGAGCGGGGAGUGGGCGAGUGGGAGGGGGUGGAAGCGAGGCAGCAGGCCCCAGUGCCAAUGUUACCAUCGACAUCGCACCGAUCGCUAUGCGAGCAGCAAGCGCCCACGGUCGUUCCUCCCCUGCAGCAGGCGCUAGUGCCGCUGGUCGUGCCUCUGCCAACUCCCGUGCUGGUGAUACCGACGCUGCUGCUGCUUUUGCUCCUGCCAGCGCUCCUGCUGCUGGUGCUGACGCUCAAGCCACUGCUGCUGCUGCUGGUGCCGGCAGGGAUGGGGGAGGAGCGGCGGCAGAGGGGAGAGGAGGAAGGGCGGAGCGAGGGGGCGUUGAAGCAGGGGAGGGAGCGGAGGGGGGCGAUGGGGGGGGGAGGGAAAUGCCAGAGGUGCAGAUCCACGUGGACUCAUGGCUGCCCAUGGGCGGCUUUGGCAUGCCCAUAGGCAUGGGAGGCACGGAAGGCAUGGGCUUGAGCAUGGGAGGCAUGGGAGCAGGAGGCGGUAUGGGCAUGGGAGCAGGCAUGGGAGCAGGCAUGAGAAUGGCACCAACAGGCAUGCCUGUGCCCAUGGGCAUCCCGCUCGGUGGCUUCUCUGUUCCUCUCGCCGGCAGCAUGGGGGGCCUCCCUUUCACGAUGGGACUUGGGGGAAUGGGGCUGGCAGGCAAUGAGGGGGGGGGGAUGAGGGGGGAGGGGGAGCACGGAGGGGAACAGGGGGAGCAGCAGCAAGGGGCGCGGCAGGCAGGGCGAAGGGACGCACUUGGGACUGUGGAUGAGUUUCUCACACGCCUGGAAAACCACCUGAGGCCGUCAGCGGACCCAGCAGCAGCCACGGCAGCAGCGGCUGCAAGGAGUGGGUUACCUUCCCUACAGCAGUUGGCGGCUGCCCUCAGGCGCUCCAACAGCCUCCUCACGGGGCCGCUCUCCUCCUCCCUGCUGAACCUUGCAGAUCAGCUGGAGAGUCUCCCAUCCCCUGAUGGCGCGGCUGCUGUGGACGCAGCUGGAGCAACAGGCACAGGAGCAGCACAGAGAGCAGCAGCAGCACAAGAAACAGCAGCAGCAGCAGCAGCAGCAGAGGCGGCGAUGAGGGAGGCAGUAGAGUCCACCGUGCGCUGUCUGUCGCAAGUGGCGCCCCUCAUGCUCGAGCUCUCCCGCCUCUGCCGCGCCCUGCGCUGGCCGCCGGCUGCCCGUGCUGCUGCUGAUGUUCCUGCUGCUGCAGCAGCUGCAGCGGGUGCAGCGGGUGCGAGCAGCGGGCUGCAGCACAUUCCACGCCUCUCCCCUCUGCCGCCUGUGUUCAUCACCGCUAGAGGGCCGAGUAGGCUCAUCACCCAUCAACUCCCCUUGCUGCAGCAAAUGCACGUGCAGGCUCAAGCUCCGAGCAUCGCAGGGAGGGAAGGGAGAGAAGGGGGGAGAGGUGGGGGAGCGGAGAGAGGGCGAGGAGGGGGGAGGGGGGUUGGGGAAAGCAUCAGAAUUCCGGUGUUUGGAGGUCAGCAGCAAUCAAGCGCAGCAGGCACAGCAGCAGGUACAGCAGCAGCAGCAGCAGCAGCGCCAUCUGCAUCUGUCCCCACGCCUGUUGCCAACUUCUCUCUCCCAGGGGGCGUGCAUGUGGGGUUGUUUGGCGUGCCUGCCAUUGCCGCCCACCAGCCUCGCACUCACCCCUCCCGCCCUACUGACCAUGCUCGCGCCUCAACAGACAGAACCACCAAUGCUGCAAACCCCCCUGCUGCUGCUGCUCCUGCUCCUGCUCCUGGUCCUCCUGCUUCUGCUGGGAGUUCUGCCCACGAACAGCAGCAGCAGCAGCAAGGUCAGGGGCAAGUGCAGCAGGGGCAGCAGGGGCGGCAGGGGCAGCAGGGGCAGCAGGGGCAGCAGGGGCAGCAGGGGCGGCAGGGGCAGCAGGGGCAGCAGGGGCAGCAGGGGCAGCAGGGGCAGCAGGGGCAGCAGGGGCAGCAGGGGCAGCAGGGGCAGCAGGGGCAGCAGGGGCAGCAGCCGGCAUCGUUGAUGGAGCAAGUGAUGGCAGCAGCUCGCCUGUUCCACGUGCAGCAGGUGCUGGCAGGGUAUAACGCGCACAUGCAGGGGAGGCGAGAGCAGCGGGACAGGCUAGAUGCGGCGAGUGGGGAGAGAGGGCAGCAGCAAGAGCGGUCACAGGAGCAGCACCAACAGGAGGAGCAGCAAGUGCAAGAGCAGCAGCAGCAGCAGCAGCAGGCAGUUGCAAGCGAGCAACAGACGUUGUUUGCCGGCCAACAGCCGUUGCUACAGUUCCCGGCCACUGUAGCUCUCUUGUCCGGGUCUGGCCCCCUCCCCACCAUAGUGAUGCGCCCUCAGCUGCCGCCAUUGGCAGGAGCAACGGGAGCAGCAAGGGCAGCAGGGGCAGCAGGGGCAGCAGGGGCAGCAGGGACAGCAGAACCAGCAGAAGCAGCAGAAGCAGCAGAAGCAGCAGAAGCAGCAGGAGCAGCAGGAGCAGCAGGAGCAGCAGAAGCAGCAGAAGCAGCAGGAGCGGCAGGAGCAGCAGGAGCAGCAGAAGCAGCAGGAGCAGCAGGAGCAGCAGGAGCAGCAGGAGAGCAGGCAGGGGGGUUGGGCGGGCAAGGGAGGGGAUCGGGACUCCAAGGAACAGGAAUGGGAUCAGAGGGCGGAGGGGGGGGCAUGAAGGCAGGGGGGAUGGGCGCACAGGCAGGGGGGAUUGGCGCACAGGCAGGGGGGAUUAGCGCACAGGCAGGGGGGAUUGGCGCACAGGCAGCAGGAAUGGGCGCACAGGCAGGGGGAAUGGGGUUGCAAGCAGGUGGACUGGAGGCGCUACUUGGUGGGCUGGGAGGCCUGGGUGGGAUCCUGGCAGGUUUAGCGGGGCAAUCAGGUGGAGGGGCCGAGGUUGAGGGAAGGUCGAUUGAUGGGGUGGUGCCUAGUGGAAGUGCAGAGGCGAGGGGGCGAGGAGGGGUGGCGGGUGACAGUGAUGAUGGCAGACAAGCCCAGCAACAGCAGCAGCAGCAGCAACAGCAGCAGCAGCAGCAGCAGCAGCAGCAGCAGCAGCAGCAACAGCAGCAGCGUGUGCUGAGAAGUAUGUUGGGGCAGGGCUUGGGUGCCUUGAGGAGAGUGUUGGGAGGGGCAGGGCGCGAGGGGGCAGGGCGGGGUAUGGGAGGGGAGCAAGCGAGGAGGGGCGCUGAGGUGGUAGAGGGGUCUGGGUCUGGUGGAGGGGUGGGGUGCGGUGGAGGAGCGGGACCGAGCGCCAAGGACAGAGGCAAGGUUCUCUCAGCUGCUGUUGCUGCUGGGCAAUUGAGCCAGGAGGAGGCUAAGGAGUGGGAGAGGGUAAUGGGAGAGGACGACGUGGCACAGCGCCACAUGGCACCACAAGAGAGGCUCUCAGAAGCAUACCUGCGAGGGAGGGGAUGGAGAAUGAGCCAAGAGGCCAAACAGAACCAGGAACGGCUGGUUUCUGCCCGACCGCACACCGAGGCUAACAAGGCAAUGUCCGGAAUGCCUGGGCCCUCGGCGGCGCCCCAAGAGUUAUCUGGCAACAGUCCCACCCCUGGUGAGCACAUGACACAUAGUGCCGAUGGACCCACGUCCAGCAUGCGUGGAGGAAUGCUUGCUGAUCAGGUGCCCUCGCGUCGGAGAAUGCGGGACGAGAUUGACGGCCGGAAUGAGGACGAUGGGAACAACGGCAGCUCCAGGCGAACCAAGCAUAAGAAGACAAUGGAAAGUGCAUGAUGGCAAAGAUGUGUUGCGAAGUUAGGGGCUGCUAUAGUUAGUAGAAUUCCGUGCUUUUGAACCGCGUUACAAAGUCCGAGGUGUAGAAGUCAACCUUUUAGCAAACAGUACACCUAGCGCGCCUUAAUUUCACACCCAGUAUUUUCAGGGGGUGCCGCCGAGAGAGUAUUCACCCCCAGAAAGCAGCUCCUGAAGACCAGAUCCGGAUA